UGCCUCUGCCUGCUUCGCAUAAUAAGAUCAAACCUAACUUUAUUCACCCUGCGUUGGACUUUAAGUUAUAGAGUGAAAAAUGCACAUUUUUAGUGUAUUUUAGAUACACACACACUCUCUCUCUCACCACUCACCAAUAUAACCAUUGCUUCUCUCCAAGUUCCUAAGCUUAGCUUGGCUUGGCCUUGGAUUUGGGGUAAAAGGCCUCGAGAGAUAGCGAAGCUUGCCUCACUUUAUUCCCCCCCUUCCUUCAAAUUCGAUACUUUCCUCUGUACCCAUAACGAGGUUUGGUUUGGUUUUGCAACAUAGAAUCUCUUUCUCUCUCUCUCUUUCAAACUAGCACAUUGUCUUCUUAUUCUUGUGCCUUAUAGUUCUUACCACGUUGUCCCAUCUGCGCUUCUUUCUUUCCUUGGAUUUUCAUCCUCUCCAAACAUCACCAUGUGAGUCAGUGUUUUUUAUUUGUACCACAUUGCCCAAAAUGCUCACAAACUGGGAUUUUUUUUUUGUUCCCUCAACGAGUGAGUGGUUUCAAGCUUGAUCAUCCGACCCGUUACGUCUUUUUCCUCGUUUCUAAACACAACCAAAAAUUAAUCUGAAACCCAUGUUCUUAGGGUCCUGAGUUAUUAUUAUCUUGUCUUGUUAUACUUGAGCUCCUCUUCAACCAAAACGCGGCGAGGGAAGGUGAUUUCAUUGGAUUGUUUUCUGUUGGUAAAUCAUAAGGCUUUAUGAAGUUGUCUCAACAAUGAGAGAUGAGAACUCGAAGAAAAGCAAGCUUUCAUGGCCCAAAACUUUGGUCAAGAAGUGGUUCAAUAUUAAGAGCAAAAACGAGGACUUUCAGGCUGAUGAUGUCCUCUACGCAGGUGUCAAUCAAGAGUGGAGGAGCAACUGUUCACAGAGGGAGGAAUGCACUGUCAAGAAAAGCAAAACAGAGAGAGCGAAGAGGAGGCACUCAGAUAGAAUGCGGCGAGGUAAGAUUGACCAUGAUGCAGCUCAGGUUACAGAUGUGUAUAACUAUAGAAUCUUUGCUGCCACUUGGAAUGUAGCUGGAAAACCUCCUCCCAGUUACUUGAGUCUGGAAGAUUGGCUUCACUCUUCUCCUCCUGCUGAUAUCUAUGUUCUUGGGUUUCAGGAAAUUGUACCUCUCAAUGCUGGUAAUGUUUUGGGGACAGAAGACAAUGGCCCUGCCAGAAAGUGGCUAGCUCUUAUUAGGAAGACCCUAAACAGUCUUCCUGGAACAAGUGGUGAAUGCCACACCACUUCACCACUUCCUGACCCUAUUGUAGAGUUGGAUGCUGAUUUUGAGGGAUCAAUGAGGCAGAAGGCAACCUCAUUCUUCCAUCGCCGGUCGUUCCAAUCAUUGAGUCAUAGUAUGAGGAUGGACAAUGACAUGUCACUACCACAAGCAUGCCUUGAUCGCCGUCUCAGCGUCUGUGAUAGAAUGAUGUUUGGUCACAGGACAAGUGACUAUGACCCCAAUUAUAGAUGGGCUUCCUCAGAUGAUGAAAAUGGCCCUGGUGACUCCCCAGUUGUGACACAAUAUUCACCAAUGUCAUAUAGAGGCUACUUCUCCAUGGAGGACAGGGAUAGACAGACAGGGCACUCAAGAUACUGUUUGGUUGCUAGUAAGCAAAUGGUUGGGAUAUUUCUAACAGUUUGGGUGAAAAGUGAUAUUAGAGAUGAUGUUCACAACAUGAAAGUGUCUUGUGUUGGCAGAGGGCUAAUGGGGUAUCUUGGAAACAAGGGUUCAAUAUCAAUUAGCAUGUCUUUGCACCAAACAAGCUUUUGCUUCGUCUGUAGUCAUUUGACUUCUGGCCAAAAGGAAGGCGACGAGCUAAGGAGAAAUUCUGAUGUAAUGGAGAUUCUCAGAAAGACAAGGUUUCCCCGGGUUCAUGGCAUGGGUGAUGAGAGUUCUCCUCAGACAAUUCUGGAUCAUGAUCGAAUAAUUUGGCUGGGGGAUUUAAAUUAUCGGAUAGCCCUUUCUUACCGUGCAGCAAAAGCUCUUGUUGAGAUGCAUAAUUGGAAGGCUCUGUUGGAGAAUGACCAGCUGCAUAUUGAGCAGAGACAAGGUCGUGUCUUUGAAGGAUGGAAUGAGGGGAAAAUAUAUUUCCCUCCCACAUACAAGUAUUCAAACAAUUCAGACAGGUAUGCAGGCGAUGAAAGACAAUCAAAACAAAAGAGAAGAACUCCAGCAUGGUGUGAUCGUAUAUUGUGGUAUGGAAGAGGCCUCCGCCAACUAUCUUAUGUUCGUGGGGAAUCAAGAUUCUCGGAUCAUAGACCGGUUUAUAGCUUGUUUCUGGCUGAAGUCAAGUCUGUUGGUCGUAACAGAAUCAAAAAAUGCUCUAGUUGCUCUAGUUCGAGGAUUGAAGUAGAAGAGUUGUUGCCUCAUUCACAUGGCUACAGUUAUACUGAUUUGAAUUUUUUUUGAUAAAUACUACAAUAUACGUUGAUCAACCCCAAUCGAAGAAACUGAAUUACAGAAAUAGCAAGUGUACAAUACAAGGUGGGCAAUGCUCUGGGAAAUUCUAGCCCCAACGGUGAUGUUCACAUUCUGUUGCUCUCACAGUCCCAAAUAAGCUGCAGUGUUUGGCAUAUUAAUUAAUAACUCUGACUCAAAUGCAAAUAGCAUCUCAAUUCUCAUCGACAAGGAUCAUAAAAAGAAUUACCACCAUGAAGGGUACUCAUUGCUUGUAUUAGAAAAGAUAUGUGCAAGUUCUGACGUAUAUGAAGCUUCUUUUCUCGUGGCAGCUAAUGAUUUCACUGAGAACCAUUAAAGCUAAUGAGUAAAUUUUAUGACUUUGUCUUCAACAUGUAGUAGUGUUUUCUUUUUCUUCUGAUUAAUAUGAAAGUUGCAACCAAAAGGAAAGAAGGAAAUGCGCACAACAUACAUUGCUUUAUUGGCUUUUAUCAGUAAGUCAUUAUUUGUUGUA